AUGGCGACCUCAGUCGCUCCAGACGGAAAAUCGUGCGACUACGCACCAGAGGAAGGAGGGUAUUUCGACCCGCCUCUCCAGAGGGUGUCAUAUGGCACCAAACCCGGCGCUAGAGUGUUUGGCUGGCCCGCCAAGGGCGGCGUAUACACCAUGCGAGCUGCUACCGUCGACCUUGAGUUCUUGGGCUACGGCCGGUUUGAACCUGUGCCGCGUCCCGAUCCAAAAGACCCCAACACGGCCGCAGACGAAGAGGCGCACUGCAAUAAGAUGCGUCAGCUGGGUGCCCGAUGGUGGGAGAGCGAGCAUGCAUGGGCUAGGAGUUUCAGGGAGGUACACGCAGUACCCCUAGAGGAGAAAUUUAUCGCUACCGGAUGGCCGGCUGGAGGCGGUGUAUGGGUCCUCAGCGGGGAUGUCGAAGCGGCUAGCGAGAAGAACGCCGGCAUGCUAUUCAACGCCUACACUAUGGAGGAGCGCUGCAACGUGAUCGAGAAGCUAGGCGGUACCUUCUACGCCAACCCCAAGGAUUGCCCAGAUUUGGACUUGGCGUAG